ACCAGCUGUCAAGACCCAUCAGCUCACGUCAUCCCCGGGGCUGGCAGCUGAUAAAUGUGCUUCCUGAUACCCAGCUGCUUCGCUUCAGAGGACGAAGGCAAGAAAGAGCAGCAGCCAGUAGUGACUUCAGUGGCUGCCGGGAGAGUGAAAGAUGUCGACCUAUAAUGUGUCUCUUGCUGGCCCUGCACCUUGGGGCUUCAGGCUGCAAGGAGGAAAGGAUUUCAACAUGCCCCUUACUAUAUCGAGAAUAAGCCCGGGUAGCAAGGCAGCCCAAGCAAACAUCAGCCAGGGAGAUACCAUCGUGGCCAUAGAUGGGGUCAGCACAGAAGGCAUGACCCACCUGGAAUGCCAGAAUAAGAUCAAGUCAGCCUCCUACUCUCUGAACCUGAGCCUCCAAAAAUCAAGACGCCCAGGCCCGGUGCCAACUGCAUCUCUUCGUAUGGACUCUCCCAUGCCAGUUAUCCCUCAUCAAAAGGAGCCAGCUUCAGGAAUCGGCACUAGCUGUCUGAGCGGAAAACUGAUGUCAAGUCCUGAGCACCAGCUCAGUAAAAACGCUUGGGCUACUGAUAGCAUGCUCACAGCUAAUGGGAUGUCCUCUGAUUACCUCAGCACAAGGGAUAGCAGCUUGUCUCAUCGCUCGGAAAUGGCAGCAUCUCUCAGGCAGACAUCUUCCAUGACCACUUCGAUGUUUUCUCCAGCUGCUUCUCUGACUUCCGACCUUUCACCUCAAAGAGGGGUCAGCCUUUCUCGGGCACCAGCAAGGGUUUAUGAUGUAACUGGUAUUGAAAGUGUGACACCUAGCUCCAGCCACCGUGGGCAGUACAACAGUCCCAUGGGUCUGUAUUCUAAAGAGACUAUUGAAGAAAUGGUCAGGGCAACAGCCCAGAAGGAUGACAAGCGAGGCAGGGCCUCUGCAGGUGGACUCUUCCGAGGUAACCUACAUGUUAAAGAUGCUCUAGUCGACAGUGCCUCUCCAGUCUACCAGGCUGUCAUUCGUAACACUACUAAGCCCCAUCAGACUCACCAGCAGGAACUGGAUGAGUGGACACGUCGGGCUGCCAAUUUGCAGUCCAAAUCUUUCCGCGUCCUUGCUCAGAUGACUGGAACAGAAUACUUGCAAGAUCCAGAUGAAGAUGCUAUGAAAAGAUCAAGCACGCCUAUUGAGCACGCUCAGCCAGCUUCGUCAGCAGCCAGCCCUGCCUAUGCUGCUAUGCCUGUUGCUUCAGCCAAUCCGCCUGCUGUCACUAACCUGAUGGCAUCGCCGAUCUCGCCACCUGCUGCUGCCAGUCAAGAUCGUCCUGCUAUGUUGGCCUCGCCUGCUCUGCAAAGAGUGGCUGCACCUUCCAUUGCUUCACCCAUGCAGCCUGGAAUGCUUGCUGGGUCCAGGACUACAUCCCUGGCUGCUGCCACUGUAACUGCUGCUAUCUCUGCGCAGACUAGAUUCGGUGUCAACCCACUCAAACCAAGGAGCGCCUUGGAGGCGAUUCGUAUAACUCCACUCAUCAACGCGCCUUCCUUACCCAAACGAACCAGGCCUAGUUCUGUUCCUCUGGGGAAAGCAAACCUGAGUUGGCAGCAGAAGACUUCUUCCUCCAUCAGCUACCAGUCUCAUUCAGCACAUAACCUAAGGACUAGUCAGGGCUUCACAAGCAACACUGAAGUGAUCGGGCCUCCAGCUCCUCAAGUUUGUACAGAAGCCACAAACCCAGCUUCUAAACCAAAGGUUGUCAGCACAGCGAGUAUCAGACCUGCAGCCUUUCACUCAACAGGAGAGCACAUGCAUAGUAGCACUGCCACGUUCAACGUUGCUAAGCCAGCCCCAGCCCCUCCAGUGCAACCAGCAGCUCCAAUAUCAGGUAGCCGACCACCGUGGAUAACAGAUGACAGCUUCGCCCAGAAGUUCCAACCUGGAAAAAGUACCACUACUCUCGCCAAACAUAUUCAGCCUUUGCCACAUUCUGCACCACCGAAGCCAUUUGUGUCGUCCCAGACCCCUGUCCAUGUUCCUGCACAUGGUCCAGUGCCAGGGCAGACCAGUGGAGGCAUUCGCAACCUUGUGCAAAGGGCUGAGAGAUUCCCAGCAAGCAGCCGAACUCCUCUAUGUGGACAGUGUAACAGUAUUAUCAGAGGUCCUUUUCUUGUGGCCUUGGGCCGCUCCUGGCACCCUGAAGAGUUUAACUGCACCUACUGCAAGACCUCACUGGUUGAUACUGGAUUUGUAGAGGAGCAGAACAAUAUUUAUUGCGAACGGUGCUAUGAGCAGUUCUUUGCUCCAAAUUGUGCCAAGUGUAAUGCAAAGAUCAUGGGGGAAGUAAUGCAUGCCCUGCGACAGACUUGGCACACCACGUGCUUUGUCUGUGCUGCCUGUGGGAAAUCUUUUGGAAACAGCCUUUUCCAUAUGGAAGAUGGAGAACCCUACUGUGAAAAAGAUUACAUUGCCCUCUUCAGCACUAAGUGCCAUGGCUGUGACUUCCCUGUGGAGGCUGGAGAUAAAUUCAUUGAAGCACUGGGUUAUACCUGGCAUGACACCUGCUUUGUCUGUGCUGUGUGCCAUGUGAACCUAGAGGGUCAACCAUUUUAUUCCAAAAAGGACAAGCCGCUCUGCAAGAAGCAUGCUCAUGCCAUUAAUGUCUGAACCCAAAGGGACCAUCAAAAGAAAGAGGAAACCUGUUUAUAAGGAGCACAUGGAGAGGAGCUACCUCUUCCAACAAACAGAUCCCACAGCGGCCUUUUAAGUCUUUUCAUUCUUGUAUUUUUUUUAAUUAAGUUUCAAAUAAUUUAACUAAGAUUGUGAGUGAUUGUAAAAGUUCAGUUGCUGGGUGGGGUGCAGGUUAUUGUGGGAAUCAACUUUUUCCACAGUCAAAACAGUAGCAUCUCACAAUGCUUUAUCAGGCACACUCAAUACUAACAAAACACAUUGCACAUAACUGGAAAGUUUACAGAGUUAAGCUUGAUGAAUGCUAUUCUGCUGAUCCUGAUUUGAUAGCUAUGUUUCUCAAAACUAGCAGGUUUCCAAUUAAAUUAGAUAAUAUCUGCACCUGCAUUAAGCAGCUAACCUUUAAGAUUAUGUAUGUAAUUCCUGUUUCAAAUGGCCUAGUUCUGUCUUUUUUGUCGGGUUAGUGGGUUUAAGUUGUAGUGUAGUCACACUGAUACUCUGUGCUUUUAUCAUGUACCAUUUGCAUAUAUAUGUGGAUUUGUUAAACAAGUAAAGCCAACUACUAACAAUGUCAUAGUUCCACUUUAAAAUUUUUAAGCUAUCUGUUUGAGGAGCAAAAAUCUGAGUAUGGGUAUAUAUGAUAAUGGCGAUUCUGCCACAACUGUCCCGAUUUUUAUUCUCCAAGGGGGAGAAGGGGUAGAAUUUAUCAGCUUGCAGUGUGGGGCUGACUACACAAUAUUCUGUCAGCACUGCAACCUGUGAUUCCACAUUUAUGUUUGAACAAUUACCUAGAAACCUUAAAAUAAACUUGGGUAGGCGAGAACCAGGUCACAAAUCAACUGGUAUACUUCCUAAAGCAUAUAGGGGUAGAGUUUCUGGUCAGUUGCACUGAUUUACUUGGUGCAAUUUGCUCAAAAUUGGCGUAAGCUGCACAAAAGGAUGAAGAAUUUUAACUGCAAAUUACACUCAGCACAAAUCAAUUUUCAUGAUCUUUUGCGCUAUUUUAAAACAAAUCAUGCUAGAUGCCAGCCCAACCUACAGAACUGGCCAAGCCUCCUAGAUGAAUGAAUCAUUACUGGGAGUUUCUGCUAAAUGUGCUUGUUUGCUGGCCUAUGAGAAGGCUACAAAUAUUAAAUUGAUUCCUUUGGACGCAAGAACUCGUUUUCAGUAAUUUAAAAUCUGGUUACUCGCAGUUGGUGGAUCGACACAACAAUUAAAAAUGUGCACUUUUUGUGAUUAAACCCAUUUUCAGCUGUAUUAAUCAAACUGCACCAAGUUACCAUUCUUAAAGAUAUCAAGCAAUACUUUACAAAGGAAAUUUUUAUUUAAUUUAAAUUACAGCUUAAAAUGCUGCAACAUUGCACUGGUUUGUGGCAGAUAUGCAAAUGAGUUUGAGCAAGAAUACAAGGGAACAAAAAGUUCUGAAAAUGGGCAGAAUUUUGGAUGCAAUUUUUGGCCAGAUUACUAACUGCACCCAAAGUUCAACCCCUUUGUGUUUAAAAUUGGGAAUUUAUCUUAUCAAAAAGUUAAAUUUGUCCAAACAGCCAUUUUGAUCAGGACAGACUGGAGAGAAUCACACUUUAAUUGUCUUGGUUUCCCAAAACAUUGCUCAUUUUAACCUGCUUUUGACUGGGCUGUUUUUUAUUAGGACCUGCCUUGGGUUUCAGUGAGUUGGGGUCAAUUACAGUUAAAUCAAAAGGAAACUUUCAAUUGCAGAUGGUUUGCUCACAGCCUGGGUGUCAAGUAAUCAUAUCCAUGUUUGAGAAACUAAGGUAAUUAGUUAUUUUUAUUUAUUGUUAUUUUUAUUUCCUGAGUAACACACUGACAUCUAGCGUUGAGUUAUUUCACUUUUAUAUGCUAAGUUGCAGCCAUUACACCACCAUAAUCCUAUAUGUAAAUAUUUAACUUUCUCUGGAGUUGCUCAUAGCCAAAAAUUAAAAUUGAAUCUUUGGUCCUUAAUCUUCACAGAGGCAUGUUGGGUAGAUGGUGAGAGCAGAGAUAGGACCCCAUGGCUUCACAACAUGCAUCUAUUUUUUUCAAGAUCCUUGCCCAAAAGACAGCCUAAUUGACAGGCUUGACUUGCAAUCAGGUGAGUAGUACAUCACAGCAGCAGGCCAUAGGAAGCUUGCAAUUAUUAUGGGGGAGGUGUUCCCCUGAUCGAUCAGGGUGGGGCAUCUGGGCAGGGUGGGGAGGGAAGUUUCCAAUCUAAGGAAAGAAGGUAAGCUUGGGUCAGGGGUACAAACAAUGCUGUGUAGGCUCUUACUUUCACCUGAAGCUGUCUUUUCCUCCCUUGAGCUUCCAGGUUGCCAGCCAGGGCUACACUUGCAAAGCAGGUUAUAUAUGAGCUGCUAGCUCAGUCCAAUCCUCGCAAUUGGAUCUCCCUGUUUCUCACCCCUGAUGUGGCCUCUUUCCAUCUCUCCUACCCAACAGCUCACCCAACAGCAUAUUUGUGUUCCUCUUUCCUACCCAUCCUAAGGAAAUGCCCCCUCUUUCUAGCUGUAGGGUUUGUCUCUGUGUAUCACCCCCCGUAGAGUUCUCGCUCUCUAUUUCACCGAGCCCAUUUCAUUUGUUUGCAGAGAUGUUAGGAUUGUGUUUGCUUCUUCCCAACAAUGAAGAUGGCAAGAUCACAACUAACUGUUAGAUAUUAUAAAAUUACCUUGGAAAGCUUGCUAAUGUGAAAUAUCUUUUCUGUUUAUCAAGCAAGGAGUUUAAAAAGACAGCAACGGAGAAAAAUUCUUUAGCUUUAACUCAGAGCUCUAAUAGAUUGGCAAAGAGCAAGGAGAGAUUAUAGAGAGAAAGCCUUGGACCAGAAGAAAGGAAGCAGCAGUAUGAUUAACAAACAUUCAAAAGCAGGCUGCAGCUGGGAGAUAACCUGCCACAAGUAUGUACCAAAGGCAGGCAUUGUGAUUGGAAUCUUGGUGUUCAGUAACCUCCGAGAUAACGAUUCAACUCCAAAACCCCGCAAGGGUGCAUGGGAUGAAAGGAUAUUUUUUAAUAUAGACUAAUCAAUCCCUAUGGUAUGGCUGAGUCAGGUAAUGUUUGUUACUUGUCUGUUGUUGUUGAUUUGAUGUUUUUCUAUCUCUCUAACUCUUUGUCUACCUCUCUCGCUGUAUCCACUGUGAUUGCUGCUUUGUGAUCUUCUGUUCCAUCUGUAAUUUUUCUUAUCUUCCUUUAAAUGGGAGGUGACAGGUUGUGGAUGAGGAAAGUUAAAGGCUGAAUUUCUUUGAAUGCAUUUAGAAUUUACUGGUUCCUUCCCCUCAUCCUAUGAUUAUUGUUGCCUUAGGGGUGCAAUUGCUCCUAGGCAAUAGAGCACAAAAAGUGAUAGCAAAGUCCAUUUUACUCUCUACUGAACAUUCAUUUCCAUCAACUUCAAUAGAAACUAAUAUCGAGUGAAGUGUAAGACACUGCUGAAUUUCUGUCACCUGUUCUGCACUAGAACCAAGACAGAAUUCAUCCCCACUGUGUCUCUGUUGGUUUGAUACCCUUCCCCCACCCUGCACCUGCACCAGUUACCAAUCACUGCUUUGUCUUCUCUCCCUUGAUCACUUGGCACCAAGCUCAGCCGCAUGGAAUGGUGUCCUUAGCUCUAGCUUAUCGCUCCUUGCAUUUUCCAUUGUAUCUGAGCAUUGAUUCUCCCAAUGACCAGUAUAAACUCUCUUCAUUACUCCUAUGCUCUUUUCCAUCUAGUCCCUUACUCAGCAGCAUGAUGACUAUACCUUACAGCCCCCUUACAGCUGUCCUCCCUUUUCUUUUCUUUCUCCCCAUCUCUCCCUGAAGGUGCACCAUAUCAAGUGUGUAAUUUCUUUUAUAUUGCCUUUCCAUAACCUAAUUGCCUCCCACCCAUGAUUCUCUGCUCCAGUUUGUGUUGCUGCUUCUCCCUUUUGUUUUAUUUGUCACUUCUCCCAAUAACAUCACAUGUUUCUGCCUGUCACCAUUGCUUCUUUCUCUUACUCUUUGUUCUAUUCUUGCUCCUGAAACUAAAAAUCUAUUUCUUAGUACUGAAAUUGGAAACAGGGUCCUUUGAGGGCAUGUCAGUAUUUGAAAUGUUUUUAAACAGAAGUGGAGGGGGUAGAAGUCAGGACAGGUGCAGCCUGGUGAGUGACCUAAGGCAAAAGCCCAAGGUCCACAAAGGAAGAAGCACUGGAGAGGAUGCAGGCAAAUUAUCAAAGGUAGAGUCACUAAGGCCCAUUUUGGUGGGUAGGGUUGCAGGCCACGUGGGAUAAUCUUGAGAGAUUGGAAACUGGGAUAGGAGAUGGAGCAAACAGAUGGCUGCAGCAUGAUGCUAAAUUCUUGAGAUGGAAGCAGCAGGGACCAGAAAUUGAGACAGGAACAGGUGACAUAACAGACUAGUUGGUAGUAAGAGUAGGAUGGAGAGGACAGACAAGUAGGGAGAUUCAGGAACUAUCAGCCAGGGGUGAGCAGCCCAGUGAAAGUUAAGACUUUGGGUCAGAAAAUAAAGCAACUGUUACUGUGGAACAUAAUGGCACAAGGAAAACUAGUUUCGGGAGUAACAACAUUGAAAGUUAAAUGUGACAAACAGGAUGUGUGCACUAGAUUUUUAAUACAUUAAUAUACAUAUAGCUCAUAGAAUAGGAUGUUACUCAGAAGAAUAUCAGGCACCAUUAUAGUUUGACUGACAGUGCUGACUCAGUUGGCUGAAUGAUCAACCCAUGUCAGAGCUGCUGAUGGAAAAGGGCAAUUUGAAUGAAUGCUUCUGCUGUAGGCUAUAAAUUCAGGUGCUGGUAGAUGAUUUCUUUUAUACCACUUUUAAUCCUGUGUACUCAUACUAUCCAGGAAAACAUUCUUACGAUGCAAGCUCUCGAAAGCAUCAUGGUGAAUCUCAACUUACUAUAGGCUUAAAGCCAGUGAAAACUGAUUUAUAAGUUGCACCAGUAUAAAGUUGUAUUUAGGACUUCUUGCUAGUCAUCAAGCCAGCAGUUAAUUUUCCACAAUGCCUGACUUGCACCAUAUUGCAAGACACUAAUUAAGAUGUACAUUAUGCACAGAGAUUUUGUAAUAAAACAUUUUCUAUUGUU